CAGCGGCGGAGUUCUUCUCCGAGAGGGUCCCCCAGCAGGCAGGUAAACAUGGGGGCGGAGAAGAAGCUGUUGCCGAUCCGGGAGGCCUUCCAGCUGGCUCAGCAGCCGCACCAGAACCAUGCCAAGCUGGUAAUGACGUUGAGCCGCACCUAUGGCACGAUGGAGAACAAAGCAGUUUUUCACGAAGAGUUCGUUCAUUACCUUAAGUACGCCCUGGUGGUCUAUAAACGAGAACCAGCAGUGGAGAGGGUGAUUGACUUUGCAGCCAAGUUCGUUACUUCAGUUCACCAGUCGGAUGAGGAAGAGGACGAGGAGGAGGAAGAUGGGGGCAUAUUAAAUUACUUGUUUACUUUUCUCUUGAAGUCUCAUGAAGCAAACAGCAACGCUGUUAGAUUUAGAGUCUGCCAGCUCAUCAACAAGCUCUUGGGAAAUAUGCCAGAAAAUGCCCAGAUUGAUGAUGAUUUGUUUGAUCAAAUUAACAAAGCCAUGCUUAUCAGGUUGAAAGACAAAAUUCCAAAUGUGAGAAUACAGGCAGUUCUGGCUCUUUCACGACUUCAGGAUCCCAAAGAUGAGGAAUGUCCCGUGGCUAAUGCAUAUGCAGCUUUGAUUGAAAAUGAUUCCAAUCCAGAAGUUAGACGGGCAGUGUUAUCAUGUAUUGCACCAUCAGCAAAGACUUUGUCAAAAAUUGUCAGCCGCACCAAGGAUGUCAAAGAGGCAGUCAGAAAACUGGCAUAUCAGGUUCUGUCUGAAAAGGUUCAUAUGAGAGCUCUGUCCAUUGCUCAAAGAGUGAUGCUUCUUCAGCAAGGCCUCAGUGACAGAUCAGAUGCUGUGAAACAAGCAACUCAGAAGCAUCUUCUGCAAGGCUGGCUACGUUUCACCGACGGGAACAUCUUAGAGUUGCUGCAUCGGUUGGAUAUAGAAAAUUCUUCCGAAGUGGCAGUUUCCGUUCUCAGUGCGUUAUUUUCAGUGAUGCCACUUAAUGAACUUGUAGAGAUCUGUAAAAGUAAUGAUGGCAGAAAAUUGAUUUCGCUGGAAACAUUAACUCCUGAAAUUGCUUUAUAUUGGCAUGUCCUUUGUGAGUAUUUGAAAUCAAAAGAAGAUGAACACGAAGAUUUUUUAGAGCAGAUUUUGCCAGAGCCUGUUGUCUAUGCAGAGUAUUUAUUGAGUUACAUUCAGAGUAUUCCCGUGGUCAGUGACGAACAGCGAAGUGAUUUUUCCUAUGUUGGAAAUUUGAUGACCAAAGAAUUCAUAGGUCAACAAUUGAUUCUAAUCAUUAAGUCUUUGGAUACCAAUGAGGAAGGAGGAAGAAAGCGACUGCUGGCGAUUUUACAGGAGAUACUGACUUUGCCCACCACCCCCAUGUCUCUGAUUUCUUUUCUUGUGGAAAGACUGCUCUGCAUCGUUGGGGAUGACAAGAAAAAAACACAAAUUGUUACAGAAAUUAUCUCUGAGAUUCGAGCUCCUAUUGUUACUGUUGAUGUUACUGAUCUACCGGAUACAAGAAAGAAUGAACUCGAGAUGGCUAAAAUAAAAGUUAAACUUAUUGAGGCCAAAGAAGCUUUGGAACAGUGUGUCACUUUACAGGAUUUUAUUCGAGCAUCAGAACUAAAAGAAGAAAUAAAAGUUUUAGAAGAUGCUAGAACAAAUCUAUUGAAAGAGACAGAGCAACUUGAAAUUAAGGAAGAUCAUGUGGAGAAGGAUGAUGUGGAAACCCUCCAGAAGUGUCUUAUUUUGUGCUAUGAACUCUUGAAACAGCUGCCGGCUUCAGUGGGCAUCGGUGCCACCAUGAAUGGCCUAAUUGAGUCAUUGAUUCUUCCUGGCAUAGUAAACGUUCAUCCUGUAAUAAGAAAUUUGGCUAUUUUAUGUUUGGGAUGCUGUGGACUACAGAGCCAGGAUUUCGCAAGUAAACACUUUGUAUUAUUAUUACAGGUUUUGCAAAUUGAUGAUGUGACAGUGAAAAUAAGUGCUUUAAAGGCAGUCUUUGACCAACUGAUGGCAUUUGGAAUUGAACCAUUUAAAACGAAAAAAGUUGCUGCCCGUGAGAGUGAAAGUGGCGAGGAGAGCAGUGCAGUGCAGGAGUGCGACGAAGCUGAAGAAGAGACGGCAACAGCCAAGAACGUUCUGAAGUUCCUUUCGGAUUUCUUAGACAGCGAGGUGUCUGAGCUAAGGACUGGAGCAGCAGAAGGUCUGGCCAAGCUGAUGUUUUCCGGACGCCUGGUCAGCAGCAGGCUUCUGAGCCGGCUCAUACUGCUGUGGUAUAAUCCCGUGACGGAAGAGGACUUGCGCCUGCGCCACUGCCUGGGCGUGUUCUUCCCCAUGUUUGCCUACGCCAGCAGGACGAAUCAGGAAUGCUUCGAAGAAGCUUUUCUCCCAACUCUGCAGACCUUGGCCAGUGCCCCGGCAUCUUCUCCUCUCUCCGAAGUGGACAUCUCUAAUGUCGCCGAGUUACUCGUAGACUUGACAAGACCCAGUGGGUUAAAUCCCCAGGCUAAGACUUCCCAAGAGUUUCAGGCCUUAACAGUCCAUGACAAUUUGGCUAUGAAAAUCUGCAAUGAGAUCUUAACAUGUCCCUGUGCUCCAGAAAUCCGGGUCUAUACGAAAGCUUUGAGUUGUUUAGAACUCAGUAGCGACAUUGCCAAAGAUCUUCUGGUUCUGUUGGGCGAGAUUCUGGAGCAAGUAAAGGACAGGCCGUGUCUGAGAGCUUUGGAGAAAGUCAAAUUCCAGUUGGAGAAAGGAAAUAAAGAGCCUGGUGACCAAACUGAAGCAUCUCAGGUUGCUGACACGACUGUGACUGUUUCUCAGGACCAAGACGAACAGAGUAAAGAAGCAUAUAUGACUCCUCUCAGGAGUGUCAAGGCAACCAGAACAGCAAAAUCCACUCAGCAGAAGACAAACAGAGGACGCAGAAAAGCAGCAACUUCAGCCCGGAUGAACCUGAGGCGCCGGCCCGCUGACUCCACCUCCGAGAGUGAUUGUGAAGUUCCAGCAGCAGAGUCAAUAGUGAAGACACGAUUACCAAGAAGAGCCAAAACAGCGGCCUUAGAGAAAAGUAGACUGAACUUAAUUCAGUAUCUCAAUGAGGACCCAAGUUAGGAGAAUAGCAGUUGGAGGUGGGUCUUUUUGAAAAAUAUCCUCAUACGUUAUGUUUAGUUCUUUUCUAAUAAAGCUACCUAAUGUCAGUCAGGAGAAGUCUGGUGUCUGGUAGGGUUUUCUGCCACGUAUGCACCCCUGAACUUUGGUCUUUAAUGAAGCAGUCCGAAUUACCAGUCAUGUUCCUCGGAGCUAGGAGAAGCUGAAGUAGGCUUUGGAAUCGGGUCUGACAGGCUUCCCAGGCGACACUUGCUGAAAACAAUAGUGCUGGAAAUCA